CUCAUCUCUUUCAUCCUUGUUUAUUUCAGGCAAGUUAAUUCUGAGGCUCUUCUGCCAUUUUGAGGUGUUCGUGGGAGAAGAAUGAAGGUUGAGGUGGUGGCCUGGAGAAAGCGAGCCAACCCCCUUUGAGAAUUAGCAUGAUGGUGUAUAGGGGAGCAUUGUGCUGGGUGUCAGGGGACUUGGGCUUCUGUCUCCGCUCAGGGACUGGGACGUGACGGAAUAACUCAGCUGGUCUGGAACUGUAGGAACAGAGCUGGGCAUGCAGAGGUCAGGUUGAAGGAGAAACCCCAGAAGAAAGAAGCCAAAUUGGAAGUUAAGAGACAAAGUCAGAGCUGAACUUCUCCCCAGCAUGUUCCAUCCAGCUGGGGUCCCAGCCUAGAGUCCUGGGGGCAUCUCAUACUUAGAGCAUCUGAAACGCAGCAGCUCACCGUGAGUCACCUCCGACCCGCCCUGUAUCCUGCUCCCAGGAAGUGACACGGCCAUCGCCCAAGCCAGAGUCAGGAUUGCAACCUCUACUGACUCUUUGGGCCGGAGGAAAACCUUUGGAGACCCGCAGCACUGACCAAGGGACACAUGGAAGCCAUCUGCCCACUAGCUGAGGAUCAGCUGAGCCUUGGGACUAAUGCUGAUCCACACUACUGAGAAUGGCACCGUCACCCAGUCAGGCACCAGGACAAAGGUUAACCCGGGACACUCCUGGACAGUGAUCCUGAUGUCUGUUCUGAGCUGUGCACUCAAGGGUGUGAUAACUGGCCCCAGAAGGCGCCAUGGCUUCCGUGGAGCCCCUGACGGCGCUGUCCCGCUGGUACCUGUACGCCAUCCAUGGCUACUUCUGCGAGGUGAUGUUCACCGCGGCCUGGGAGUUCGUGGUGAACUUUAACUGGAAGUUCCCGGGGGUGACGAGCGUGUGGGCGCUGUUCAUCUACGGCACCUCCAUCCUGAUCGUGGAGCGCAUGUACCUGCGCCUGCGGGGCCGCUGCCCGCUGCUGCUGCGCUGCCUCAUCUACACGCUCUGGACCUACCUGUGGGAGUUCACCACCGGCUUCAUCCUGCGCCAGUUCAACGCCUGCCCCUGGGACUACUCCCAGUUCGACUUCGACUUCAUGGGCCUCAUCACCCUGGAGUACGCCGUGCCCUGGUUCUGCGGGGCCCUCAUCAUGGAGCAGUUCAUCAUCCGGAACACCCUCCGCCUCCGCUUUGACAAGGACGCCGAGCCCGGGGAGCCCGGGGAGCCCGCAGGUGCCCUGGCCCUGGCCAACGGCCACAUCAAGACUGACUGAGUGGGGGACUCGUGGCCGGGGUGGGGCGGGGC